GCAGGAGCACUUCUGAAGGCAGACCUCUACGUUUUGAAUCCUCGAUUUCUGCCCCAUGAAGUUGACUGCCGGCCUGGGCAUUCUAAGCAGCACAUCCCUUGGCCAGGACAUCAUGGCCGGCAGGUGUGGUGAGGGUUUUGCCAUUCCAGAUGCCCAAGUGCCCCUUACGCUAAGUUCAGCUUUGACAGUUUUCAAGUUGCCUGAAACAUCUCCAAUACCCCAGUCAGGAGCAGCCAAUUGAAGCCACAGUCAAUUCACAGCCCUCCCCUUUCCUCACCAGUGCCAUCCCUUCUGCCAGCCUCCAUCCCCCUUCCUCCCUUCCUCCCAGCUGGUCUGACAUAGGAAGAAACUGAAUCUGCAUCCACAAAACUUGCUCCUUCUUCUCCACUGUGACAAGAAGAAAUCCCUGAGCUAAGGAAGAUGAUUUGGAAGCGAAUCCUUUUCCUCUCCUGCUCCACGGCUUUUGUGCUUUUAGCCAUUCUUGAGGCUGGGGAAGGUGCCGCUGUGGGCUCCAAACAAGCAGCUGGAGAAGGGGACAAAGAAAAUUUGAAGAAGAAGAUCUUCCUCCAGGACUCAGAUGCUGCUAAUUUCUUCAAGAAGCGGGGCAAGAGAUCCAUCAAGUCCUGGGAUGAGCUGAACAUGGAAAAUCGGCAACAGCUUCGAGCAGAUGAGCAUCGGCGGGAGUAUUAUGAGGAGCAAAGGAAUGAAUUUGAGAACUUUGUGGAAGAGCAGAAUGAUGAACAAGAAGAGCGGAGCCGGGAGCAGAUCGAACAAUGGCGUCAGUGGCACUAUGAUGGUCUUUACCCCCCCUACCUCUAUAACCGUCAUCGCAUCUAACCUCAGGUUGGGAGCAACCUGUCGAGAAGUUCGAAAGAACAUUUAUAAAUGUAGGCUCACAAUAUGCUGGUUGAGAGAUACUGGUAGUUAGGAGCCUAAAGAAUCUCAUCUUGGUGUCCACUGUCCCCCGUGGCCUUGUAAAGCUCCUCUGGUUGAUUGGCUCAGAGAGCCAGAGCUUUUACUUCUUUAUUUUCAAAUGCUUACUUUUUUUCAGUGCCCUGGAGAGUUCAAAAGCCAAAGUAAUCUAAUAUAGCAGACCCCAACUUAUAGUCGUUUCUGUCUGCUUUACUCUUCAAAGCUAGAUGACUGAUCAAAGAAACAGCCCAAACUAAGUCAAUAAAUAAAAUAUAUAUUUGCUUGCA